UCGUGUUUUGAUUCUCGAUCCUUCGUUUAAUCAGUAUGUGCACGAAAUAAUCAAUAAAGUGGUUACGUGGUUGCCGUUGUAGUGCGACACGGUGCACAGGUUAGGCUAGGGAAGAAAGGCAGCGACAGGAAGAGCAGAAUAGAAUAGAAUACGUGGGCAUUAGCGAGCGGCUAUUUACUUACAUACUUUUUGUUGGUAUGAUGCCGUUCACGAUGCGCACGGUUUCCUUGACCCAUUUUGUGCCAAUUGUAACGGUAGGCUUCUUGUGCCUGUUCGGUGUCGUAUUCGUGCAUGGCGAACCGAAAAGCCAUCCCAUCACCACGCAGCUAUCGGCCAAAUGGGGAAUCACACCGGUGCAGCUAGAGAUAGCCGAAUUCAUCGAUGAGGAAAGCGCCAACUCGUUCUGGGAUUACGUGGAUCUGCUAAACAAAGUUCCCAACGGCUUGUACCACUUAGAAACGGAAGAAAAACGAUACCAAAAAUCCAUCGGACUAGCAUCGGAAAUUCUCGGUGAUGGUCAACUCGGUCUGCUAAAGUUGGCCCUUUCACUGCACAGCUUCUCGCCGAAGGUGCAGGCCCAUCUGCAGGUGGCCACCGAGGUGCUGGCAAAGGGAGACUGCGAGACGACAAUAUUUGCAAGCGUAAAUGGAAAGGUAGCAUGUGAAGUGAGCGACUUAACGAGCAUCUUACGGGCGGGAGCGAAAGAUUCGUCCACCGUCGAAACGUUUGCCAUCGAUCAUAUCUAUCCGGGGUCGGAAAACAAUUCCCUAACCGUGGUGCUUUACGGUGAGAUCGGUACGCGAGAGUUUAAGGAAUUUCAUGACGCAAUUAAAGUGGAAACAGAGCGCGGUACAGUGCGGUACGUAUUGCGGCACUACGUGAGGAAGGUUUCCUCCCGGAAAGUACGCCUUUCGGGGUACGGUGUUGAGCUACAUCUUAAAUCAACUGAAUACAAGAGCCAGGAUGAUUCACCCCGAGCACAGGAUUCAACGACGACCGCGGACAGUGCGGACUCAACCGAUGAACUCGAGGCCGAGGUCGAAGGGUUCGAUUUUGCCCAACUGAAGAAACGUUUUCCCCAUCUGAGUCAUCCGUUAGAUCGGUUCCGAAAUGCGUUGCUGGAGAAGCACGAAGAAAUAGCACCGCUGAAAGCUUGGGAAUUUCAGGAGCUAGGUCUGCAGGCGGCUCAACGUAUUGCUGAAAUACAAGGCGAUGAAGCGCUGCAGAUGCUGCAAUUCACCGCUCAGAAUUUCCCCACCCAGGCCAAAUCGUUGCUCACGCAAACGGUGCCGGAAGAGUUCAAGAAAGAGAUGCGACAUAAUAUCGAAGUGUUUGGGCGCAACCUGAACCUUCAGCCGCCGGAUUCGGCCCUCUUUCUGAAUGGGUUGUUUUUCGAUGCGGAAACGAUCGAUACGGUCACGCUGCUCGAUACGUUGCGUUCGGAGAUGCGCGUGCUGGAAGGGUUGAACCGCAUCAACAUCCGUGGCGGAAGUGCAACGCCACUGCUUGGGUUGGAUUUAUCUUCCAGCUCGAAGGAGUUCGCUAUCGACAUCCGUGAUUCGGCGAUAACGUGGAUAAACGAUUUGGAAAACGACGCACAGUAUCGACGGUGGCCGGGAAGUUUGAAGGACUUGCUUCGUCCGACGUUCCCCGGUAUGUUGCGAAAUAUUCGCAAGAAUCUGUUCAACCUGGUGUUGAUCGUCGAUCCUGUAGAGGGCGAUAGCGCCGGUAGAGAUAUUGUGAAGCUGGCCGAAAGCUUUGUCGUGCAUAUGGCACCGGUACGGAUUGGUUUGCUGUUCCAGACCGGCGAGGGAGAAGAUUACCGGGCACUGACGUGUGGAUUCAACUACGUGCAGCAGAAGAAAUCGGCCACCGAAGCGCUCGGUUUUCUGACCGACCUGUAUGCGGCAACCGCCGACCAGAAGGUUAUCCGGUACGCUGACGUACGACAGGUGUUGAAGAAAAAGUUUAACCGUCUGAAGCUGGAAGAAAUCGAUGAAAUUUUGGGUGAAGAUUCAGAUUUCGAUUAUGGGCGUCAGCUAGCGCAGGAAUUUAUCGAUCGACUUGGUUUGAAAACGGUCCCGCAGGCCCUGCUGAACGGUGUGCUGCUGCCCCAAACGGCACUUACGAGCGAUGAAUUUGAGGAAACAAUUCUUACGGAAAUCAUGCAACAGACGCCAACACUACAGAAAGCCGUCUAUAUGGGUGAUUUGCACGAAGGUGAACCCGUAAUCGAUUACUUGAUGAAGCAGCCACACGUGAUGCCACGUUUGAAUCAGCGCGUCCUGUCCCAGGAUGAGCCACAUUUUAUCGACAUGUCUGGGCGAGCUCAUCCGGACCUGGAGGAUAUAACAGCUCUGGGGCAGCUAUCGAAUCCCGAUCUUACGGCAACGUUGAUGAAAAAUUUAAAAUAUUUCGGUGGCAAAUCCACCUUCCAAAAGUUCCUUGGCUACAGGGUACAUUUCCUGACGGUGUGGGUUGUUGGCGAUUUGCGUGAAGCGGCUGCAAGAAAACAGCUGAAAAAUGCACUCAAAUUCAUGAAAUCAUCCUCCGGUACGCGGGUUGCGUUUAUCCCUAACGUGGACGGAAAGGAUGCAGUGCGUUCGGAAUUGAAAAAGGAUCUCAACGCACUGGUAUGGGCGACAAUCAACACGCUGGAAGCGGACGAAUCGUACGAUCUUGUAAUGAAAUUGUUCGAAUCGUAUGAAACCGAUCCGGGCACCGUUGCCUCGACCGUUCCGGACUCGGUGAUUGGGUUUUUGCCUGCCACGCAAUUGCAUCUCAAGAUGCUUCGCGUGUACUGCCAGCGUGUACUGAAGCUGAAAGCAUCGGCCGGGACGGUAAUGGCAAAUGGACGGCUGUUGGGAGUAUUCGAUGCGGAUGAAUUCUUUGAUACGGAAGAUUUUGGCUUGCUGGAAAGUUUCAAUGCGCUCCAGUACACGGACAAGAUACGGACCGCAAUGAAGUUAGCUUCACUGUCCGAAGCGGACGAUACGCCAGCCAUUACGAGUGAUACGAUAAUGAAGCUAGUUUCGAUCUUGGUACCACGGCAGCAAUCGAAAUCGCGCUACACAAUCCCGACAGAUAUUCAAGAUAGUCAUACGGUGGUGAAAUUGUCACCGAAGCGUACCGAUCAGCCGUUCUUCGAAAUCGUAGCUGUGCUGGAUCCGGCCUCACGGGGCGCGCAAAAGCUUUCCUCGCUGCUACUGCUGCUGAGGGAUGUUGUUAACUGUCAGAUGAAGAUUUUCUUCUGUGCCAUCGAUAAACACAGCGAUAUGCCUGUUAAAACGUUCUAUCGUUUCGUUGUUGAGCCGGAACUGCAUUUCACCAAGGAUGGUAGACUAUCGGCAGGACCUUCAGCCAAGUUCGUGGGAUUACCCGCCAAUCCUUUACUAACGCAAAGCCUCAAUGUGCCUGAAAACUGGCUUGUAGAAGUGGUCCGCUCAGUGUACGAUCUGGACAACAUUAAGCUGUCGGAAAUAAACGGUCCAGUCCACUCAGAGUACGAGCUGGAGUACCUUCUGCUGGAAGGUCAUUGCUUCGACAGUACCACCGGUUCACCGCCGCGCGGUUUGCAGAUCACGCUCGGCACCGAAGAUCGUCCGAUCAUCGUCGAUACGAUCGUGAUGGCCAAUUUGGGGUACUUCCAGCUAAAAGCCAACCCAGGCGCAUGGAUUUUGAAGCUCCGGCAUGGAAAGAGUGCCGAUAUUUACGACAUUACCAGUGCGGAUGGACCAAACACGGUCCACACGGCGGAAAGCACUCGCGUCAUCAUUAGUUCGCUACGAUCGCACGUGCUGAAGUUACGCGUCACGAAGAAACCGGGCAUGGCCGGUGUCGACUUGCUGGGAGACGAAAAGGAUGGAGCCGGUGGUGGUGGAAUUUGGGAUUCGAUCAGUUCCAUCGUGGGCACGGGUGGCGACAGUGCCGGCAGUACCGGUACCGGCGAAACGGAAGUGUUGAACAUUUUCUCCGUCGCCUCGGGACAUCUGUAUGAGCGUCUGUUGCGCAUUAUGAUGCUAUCGCUGCUCAAACACACCAAAACGCCGGUAAAAUUUUGGUUCCUAAAGAAUUACCUUUCACCACAGUUUAUCGAUUUCUUGCCGCAUAUGGCAGCGGAGUAUGGCUUCCAGUACGAGCUAGUACAGUACAAGUGGCCCCGGUGGUUACACCAGCAGACGGAAAAGCAACGCAUCAUCUGGGGCUACAAAAUCCUGUUCCUGGACGUUCUGUUUCCGCUCGAUGUGAAGAAGAUCAUCUUCGUCGAUGCCGAUCAGAUCGUUCGGGCGGAUAUGAAGGAGCUGAACGAUUUCGAGCUCGGUGGUGCGCCGUACGGUUACACACCGUUCUGUGAUUCACGGCAGGAGAUGGAAGGGUUCCGGUUUUGGAAGCAGGGCUACUGGAAGAACCACCUGCAGGGGCGCAAAUAUCACAUCUCCGCACUGUACGUGGUGGAUUUGAAGCGGUUCCGUAAAAUUGCGGCCGGCGAUCGUAUCCGGGGCCAGUACCAAGCGCUCAGCCAGGACCCGAACAGUUUGUCCAACCUGGAUCAGGAUCUGCCGAACAAUAUGAUCCACCAGGUGGCAAUAAAAUCGCUCCCGCAGGAGUGGCUAUGGUGCGAAACGUGGUGCAGCAGUGAUACGUUGCAGUACGCCAAAACGAUCGAUCUCUGCAACAAUCCGCUAACGAAGGAAGCGAAACUGACGGCAGCGCAGCGUAUCGUGCCGGAGUGGAAGGAAUAUGAUGCGGAAAUUAAACGACUGCAGGCAAAGGCUGACGAUAGCGAACAUGAGGAGGCCGCUGCAAUGGGACGCGAUCCCGGCAAUGUACAUUCCACCGAAGAAUCUAAUGCGAAAUCGCAACACACCGAGCUGUGAUUGCGUACGGUGCUUCGGAAGCUGUUUUUGAUGAGCUGAACGAUCAAUCCAAUCGAUCGCCAAAGCAAGAGAAGGUAUGCAAACGAUUUCAUAUGCAUUUCGUGUGUCUGUCCUGUGUGAGGUGAGCUAGAAAAAUGUUUUAUGGAAUAAAAAA